AUGGAGGGAAUAACAGCCACACCGACAUUGGAUGAUAUCAUAUCUGUCACUUCUACUUUACUAGAUGUAAUCUCAACAUCAAUGACUAAUUCGGAUGGAGGAGGAUUUGAUCUGAAGUAUCCAAAUGGAACUAGUCCAUUCGACGUAUUCGAUAAUAGUACAGUAACAGAACCUGAUAUAGGAACUAUAAUAGAUUCAGAAGGCAGCUAUGUACUUAAUACAUUUAUUGGACUUUUGAUAGUUCUGAUAUCAUCUCUGUUUAAUGCCUUAGGGUUGAAUAUGACUAAAUUAGAUCAUGUGAGACAGCAAGGUAUACCAAAGAGUCAGCGAAAGAAAGAAUGGAUGAGAUUAUUAUGGUUAAGUGGAAUGGGCAUGUAUAUUGCCUCACAAGUCUUUGGAUCACCACUUGCAUUGAGAUAUUUACGCCCGGAUUGGGUAGCACCACUUGGAUCUUCUUCAUUAGUAUUCAACUUUCUCUUCGCGCGCUGGCUAGUCGGUACUCCUGUAACCCCUACCGACAUUUACGGGACAGUCAUUAUUAUACUUGGAGUGAUCUUAAUCAUUAUCUUCUCCAGUAUAAAUCACGGUUUAGUUCAAUCACUUGAUGUAGCUAGACUUAAUUCACUAUGGAGCAGAGCAUCAUGGCUAGUCUAUUUUCUAUUCAUAGUCCUAUUCACUGCUUCAACAUAUAUGGUUUCGUCUUUAUUCGCUUCUCUUAUGAGAUCAAGAGCAUCAUUCUCUCCCUUACCCUCACCAACAAUGGAACUACCGACCUCUCGACCUAAAUCACCGAAUGCAAUUAAAGGAUUUUACCAAAGGGUAUCAAAAAUUAUUAAACGAAUGAGAGGAAUAGCAGUCAGAACUUUAGAGUCUGUUUUCGCUAGAGCAGAUGAUUCUAGAUUGAUUUGGUUACAAGGUAUGGGCUGGGCUGUAACAGGUGGUAGUUUAGCUGGGUUAUGUUUGGUAUUCACUAAAGCAACUGUCAAAUUAUUUGGAUUACCUGGACAUCCUCUCGUUCAUUUUUCCGCAAUCAUCACUCUACUUGCCGUUAUCACUACAGCUGUACUGCAAAUCGUAUGUCUGGAUAGAGCUUUGAAAUGCGCAGAUACAGUAGUGGUAGUCCCUUUAUUCUACGCUGGUUAUACGGUAUUUGGGUUCAUCAAUUCUCUCAUCUUCUAUGACGAAGCGGGACAAUAUGCUCGAUGGGUUUUGAUAGCCGUUUUCAGUUCUAUAGCUGUUCUCAUAUCGGGAGUCGUUUUGCUAUCACUAAAAUCGUCAGCCAAAGCUGCUCCAGAUCCGUAUACAGUAUCAGCCCAACCUCACAACUCGAUGCGUCUACGCCCUAGAUCACAUGCAAGGACAACAUCAGGUAUCACAGAUCCAGAAUCGGGACCAUCAAAGUAUGAUCAAGACGAAAUUGAUGCUUUGUCAGACGAUAAUGAAGCCAAAGAUGUUCUUUGGGAAGUGGGAAGUGUAAGCGAUGCUUCCGACGAUGAGUCAAGAGGAGAGAACAAAGGAAAAGGUGUAGGUGGAACAAAAGGUGGAAGUGGUGAAAGAAGAGGUUUAUUAGGUGAUCAAGAAGAAAGUUCACGUGAAAAUGAACGUCAUGGUGGACAAUCGCGAAAGGAGAAGAAAAGAGAAACUGAUAAUCCUUUUGAGGUUGGCGAAGAAGAUGGAUUCGGUGAUUAUGAAGGUGUAACACAUGAAGAUGUUGAUGUUGAAUCCGGUGAAUUGACUCCUCGGAAAGCAACUAGAUAA